UACUGACAUCACAGCCUCUCAGCUACGGCCGUUUGGUUUUUGAAACAUUUGAAGCCUUUGAGCGGGAGAGGAAGGAAGUGUCUUGUUUUGACGGGGUGGGAAAAUCAUAAUAACAGCGGCGGGUCACAAAGCAGCGCGCGUUACGGGACUCGGAAUCGGCUCCACCAUGAACGAUGCAGAGUGCCUGUCCCACCUGUUGCAGGUGUGCUCCCGCAAGACCGAGGAGUUUGUUCGGACUCUCGACACCAAGCACAUGGUUUGGCUUCUGGAGAUUGAAGAGGAGGCAAGAAAGAUGUUCAGCAGUGACUUCAAUGCUGAACCUGAGCUGAUGCCAAAGACUCCAUCUCAAAAGAGGCGCAGGAAGAAAAGGACCUCGAUUCUACCAGAUGAGAAUCGGGAUCCCAGUGGGCGCAGGAUAUCUCGUAGACGAAGCAGUGCCAAUUGGAGCAGUUCUGUACGCAGGCUUUCGGUCAGAAAUCAGAAUAAAGUAAAUGACGAUUCUAUCCAGGAAAAUCCAGCACAACCAAAACGGAUGACCCGGGCUAGGGCCCAAGCUAGCAUUAUGUGCCCGCCUGCAGUAGAGCAGGCUUUGCCUGAGUCGCCAUCACAGCUCUGUCAAAAAAGUGUCCAGGUUAAGAUCAGUGAACACGAGCGCAGAAGUGCAGAGCAGAAGCUCAGAGAGUCGGAUAUAGAAGAUUCGGAGAUGAAGACUGAUGUACAACCCAUCCCAGAGAUUACAAAGGAUCAUAUCUCAGAAAUCAUGAACGCUGCAGGACCACCGCCAAUUCCUGACAUUCCAGCAGUCCCUGUUACUCCUGAAAACAAAAGCAGAGCUGCAGGCAAACUUAAGAUUUCUGGCAGCUCCACGCCAAUACAGACUGCUGCAGUGGUGGACCUGACCUGUGAGUCUCCACGACCUGCUAACGAGCUGGUAAACGAGCAACCACUGAACCUCUCGAAUGAAAGUGCAACGCCUACAGGAUCAAAAUCCGACCGUCGUUCAGUGCGUCGUAGCCUGGUGGUCAGAAAAUCAAGCAGCCGCCGAGCCUCGCUUGUCAGUCAGUUCUCUCUAGUCAGUAAGCGGGAAAGCAUGACUCGUGAAGCUGUGCGUAAAUCCAUACGGCAAUCCAUUUCAAAGAAGAAAGCCACAAUGGAGACCUCUUCUACAUCAAGCCAGAGGAGCUGUCACAGCUCUAUUGAAAUGGUUGAUGAUGAGAUCACUAUCAAAAUCAGACCUGAAACUGCCCCAAGUGAGACGGUAUCAGAAGAAGCUCCUGCAGCAGAAAGCCCUAGGAGCUCCCUUCGAUCACGUGCCUUUAAAAAAAUUGCUAUAAGUAACUUGUCUGAGUCUGAAGAGCCUCCAAGAAGAGUGACGAGGCAGAUGGUGGCAGUGGAUGCAGAACCCACACCAGAGACUGCUGACGAUGCUCAGAAUAAUAGAAGAAAGAGUUACAAGCGAGCAGUGGAUGAAUUGUCCGAUGAUGAGAGGCCAUCUGAAGGAGAGUGUUCACCUCCCAGAAAGAAGACCCCAUCCCCUCCAUGUCCCCCAAGCAAGAUUGUAAAGCCCCCUCCACACAUGAAAUCUUUUCUGCACACAGUGCAAAAGAACCAGUUUCUUAUGAUGACACCAGGCUCUAUAGGAAAAAACAUAACGCUGAAAUCCUUCAUCAAACGCAAUACACCCCUCAAACCUGACCCCAAGGAGAAGGAGCGACAGCGUCUGGAUGCGUUGCGCAAAAAGGAAGAGGCAGAGCUUCAGCGCAAGCAGAAAAUCGAGGAGGGCAAGAAACGCAAACAGGAAGAGCUGAAACUGCGCAGGGAGGAUCGGUUACGCAAAGUCCUACAGGCACGAGAGCGAGUGGAGCAACUAGAGGAAGAAAAGAAAAAGAAAUUUGAGCAGAAGUUUGCACAGAUUGACGAGAAGAGUGAGAAGGUGCGAGAGGACCGAAUGGCAGAGGAGAAGGCAAAGAAAAAAACGAUGGUGAAAAAACAGGAGGAAGUUGAAUGCAGGAGGAAACAGGAGGAAGAGGCACGGAAACUAAAAGCCAAACAAAUGGAGGAGGAGGAGCGGAGACAUCAAGAACUUCUGCAAAAGAAACGAGAAGAGGAAGAGAUGGAAAGGCAAAAGAAAAUGGCAGAGGCAAAGAGAGUCGCUGAGCAAGAGAGAGAAAGGCAGCUGUUUGCUGAAAAGGAGCGACUGAGAGCAGAAAGAGAAAGGGAAAGAAUAGAAAGAGAAAAGACCCUGCAGCUACAGAGAGAGCUGGAAAGAGCAGCACAGGAGAAAGAGCAGCAGAGACGAGAGGCAGAAGAGCGCAAGAAGAGGGAGCAGCAGCAACGCCUGGAACAAGAGAGGUUGGAGAGGCUGCGCACGGAGCAGGAAGUGAAGAGACUUCAGGAAGAGCAGCAGAGAAAAGCCAAGGAACAAGCGGCAGCAGCAGCAGCUCCAGGGAUGAAUGUUACUGUAGACAUGCAGAACUCGCCCGCAUGUGAAUCUUAUGAGAUGACUCCUAAGAGCUACAAGGUUCCAUCUGUUAAAGCCAAUGCAGACAAUUAUGGAAUGGAUUUAAACAGCGACGACUCCACCGAUGACGAGAGUCAGCCAAGAAAACCCAUUCCAGCCUGGGCUUCUGGUAACCUACUUGCUCAGGCUGUUAGUCAGCAAUACUAUAAACCCAUAGAUGCGGACCAUAUGUAUGGCACCAUUGACAGCCCAAAACUGGAGGAACUGUUUAACAAGAGCAAACCUCGCUAUUUUAAGCGCACCAGCUCUGCUGUAUGGCACUCCCCUCCACUUAGCAACAGACACCAUCUUGCAGUGGGUUACGGCCUCAAAUACUGAGACGAAGGAAAGCAGACUUUACUCGUACUAUCAAGAGUACUAUCAAGACUACUACACGCUGCUUCCCCCAUCCCAUCUAAUGUCUGUCCUAUGUAAAUUUCUUUUUGUUGUUUUAACUGGCUUAUCUUUAUUUGUAUUGUAGAGACUUGUCAUUUUUAAAAAUAAAGGUUAUAUAAGGGA